AUGGUCAUUUUUCAAAGUAACUUCGAUAUGUUUACACCUCAAGACUCAUACUCAACAGCUCCAAGACAAACUAUUGCUAAAAAACCAUCAAUUAAGAGACUUCUUGGCUAGAAAAAGUCAAGUCUGUAGCUAAAUCUCAAUUAAUCAGACUUGAUUCUACCAAUAAUAAAUUAAAAAAGCAAAAAAAUUUUUGAACCACUAGAAAUUCAAGUUGAGCCAGACUGGAGGGCAAAAAUCCUUAAUGAGUCAGCUAUUAAUAAUGCUUAUCUUGAUUUGAUAUCUGAAAGAUGCACCUAAGUUAGAAAAGAGAUGAGAAGAACGAUAUUCUAAGUAGGAAGUUCAUAGAGGCAGUACAGUCAGGCAGUAGAAAGAAUUAAUCAGGUUUGUAAAAAAAAACUAGAUGAGCUAGGGAAAAUCGAGAGCGAGUACUAAGAUUCUCGACCAUAACCUGUCAUUCGCCCAAAUAUUGAACCUUAGAAGGUUUUCCGUGUAGGAAAAGCCGUGAAGAGGUCUGUCGGACGACUAUGA